ACCAAGAAUUUGUGGGCUCUGGUGAGGUCCUGGGCCACAGCUGCUGAUAGGCUUCUUCAGCUCCAACCCAUUCUGUCCUGGAGGAGAGCUGCUGGAACAUUAGCCAAGAGGGCAGGUGUGGCUGCUCUACCUGCAUAAGGUUUUAGAUUCCCAUGACAGAUAGCAAUCCAUUCUGACAAAGGAAGGCUAGAAGGCUUUGAAGAUGCUGCUCCAGUUGCUCUCUGUCCUCUGGGAGGCCUUGUCCCUGCAGGUCGUUCUGGUGUUUCUGGCUGCAUUUCUGCUUCUUGCUGAUUACAAGAAAAAGAUUCGCCCAAGGGAUUUCCCCCCAGGGCCCAUGCCUCUUCCCUUGCUGGGUAACAUGCUAAACAUGGAUUUCAAGAAACCCCACUUUUCCAUGCAAAAGUUUGCAAAAAAAUAUGGCAACAUCUUCAGCCUUCAGGUUGGAAACAGGCGGGUUGUGGUUGUGAAUGGAUUGCAGCUGGUGAAAGAGACUCUUGUCCAUCAGGGUGAAAACUUCGUAGAUCGUCCAGUCCUUCCUCUUGAUAAAGAAAUAUUUACAUCAUUUGGAUUGAUCUUCUCUAAUGGCCUUAGUUGGAAACAACAAAGACGAUUUGCCUUAUCAACUCUCAGAAACUUUGGUUUGGGCAAAAGGUCUUUAGAAGAACGAAUACAGGAGGAGAGCCGAUACCUAACGGAUGCAAUUGAAGCUGAGAAUGGGCAGCCAUUUAACCCUCACUUUCAGAUUAAUAAUGCUGUUUCAAAUAUCAUUUGUUCCAUCACAUUUGGAGACCGCUUUGAUUACUAUGACAGCCGUUUCCAGAUGUUAUUGCACUUGCUUGAUGAGACGAUGUACCUUCAAGCAACUAUUUGGAGUCGGCUGUACAAUAUCUUUCCCACUCUCAUGAAGCACUUGCCAGGGCCUCAUAAUACUGUUUUUAAAAACUGGGGAAAGCUGAAAUCCUUUGUGAGAGAAAUCAUUGAAAAACACAAAGAAGACUGGAACCCAUCUGAACCCAGAGACUUCAUUGAUGCCUACCUAAAUGAAAUGGCCAAGGAGGAUUCAGCUUCCAGUUUCCAUGAAGAAAACCUUCUACAUUCAACACUGGAUCUGUUUUUUGCUGGAACAGAAACAACUUCUACAACAUUGCGCUGGGCUUUACUUUACACGGCCAUUUAUCCAGAAGUUCAAGCAAAAGUCCAAGCAGAAAUAGAUUCUGUGAUUGGCCAGUCUCGCCAGCCAGCGAUGGAUGACAGGGACAGAAUGCCAUACACCAAUGCAGUUGUUCAUGAAAUUCAAAGAAUAAGCAACAUUAUUCCUUUAAAUGUGCCUCGGUUGACAACAAAGGACACUACACUCGCUGCAUUUCAUAUUCCCAAGGGAACCAUAAUGGUCCCCAACUUGACCUCUGUGCUGUUUGACAAGGAUGAGUGGGAAACACCCAAUGUGUUUAAUCCUGGCCAUUUCCUGGAGAAUGGUCAGUUCAGGAAAAGGGAAGCGUUUCUGCCAUUCUCUGCAGGAAAGCGAGUUUGUCUUGGAGAGCAGUUGGGAAGGACCGAGCUCUUUAUUUUCUUCACUGCCCUAAUUCAGAAGUUCACUUUCCAGGCUCCAAAGAAUGUGACAUUAAGCCGUGAAUUUAGGAUGGGUGUGACAUUGUCUCCCCUGCCAUACCGGAUAUGUGCAUUCUCUCGCUAA